AUGAACAGCGGUAAGACAUCCGCCAUUGAGUCCUCUUCUCCUACUAGAGAGUUCAUGAAGUGGACAGAGGACAUGGACGCACGUCUUCUACACUCUAUGAUUGAGGAAUCACGAAUCGGUAAUAUGAUUGACGGAAGAUGGACAUCCCAAGCAUAUAGUAAUAUAGUUGAUCAUCUUCAUAGCUCUGGGUAUGUCGCAAUUACCAAAAAUAAUGUUAAAAAUCGUCAGAAAGUCUUGAAAGAUAAAUGGCGCGAGGUACAUGACUUGUUUUCUGGAUUGAGUGGAUUUGCGUGGAACCCGGUUAGUAUGACAUUUCAUGCUGAGGACGAGGUUUGGAUGGACCUGAUUCAGUCGAGGCCAACGGCGGCAAAGUGGAGAGUUAAUAGUAUAAAGCACUACGAUUUAAUGGUCGAGUUAUGGGCAAUUGAUCGAGCUACUGGGAGUGGUGUUCGAACUGCUCGUCAAGCACGUCGACAGUGUGUUGGGCCUCGUGUCAGUGUUGAUUUGAAUCAAAAUAUUGAGUACAUUCCAGAACAGCCUGAUUGGACGAGGUAUAGAGACCCAACUCCACCAUCACCUCCUCCAUCUGUGGAUGAAUAUAGUCCAGGACAGACUCAAUCUGUGCCUUCCGUCCCAUCCGUUUGA